AUGGCGCAACCCGCCCGCCACGCCGCGAUGCUAUCCAUUAGCAACAGCGGCCCAAACCUCCCCGUGGCAGCAUCAGCCGACAGACAGCAACCAGCACAGCACAUCCACACGCAAUCCCAAUCAAGCCAGGGCCUGCGCGUGCCGUCAAACCGCAAAACCAUCUAUGACCGACACCUGAACCGCAGCCGCAAUGCGGAGCUCAGCCGGGCUAGCUUCGCCUUUCUGUUCGCGGAGAUGGUGACUUAUGCUCAGAGACGAGUAACAGGGAUUCAAGAUUUAGAACGACGAUUGAACGAACAAGGCUACCCCCUAGGUCUCCGACUCCUCGACCUCCUCUUCUACCGCACCAUGUCCAGUUCCACUUCCUCCGCUCUAUCCAGUUCCUCCUCGACUUCUUCCUCGCCUCCGAAUCGACCCCUCCGUAUCCUUCCCCUCCUUCAUCUCAUCCACGGUCCCCUCUGGCGCCUUCUCUUUAAUCGUCCUGCCGAUGCCCUCGAGCACUCUGUCUCUCCCGAGACGCCUAAUGAAUAUAUGAUUACGGAUAAUGAUCCCCUCGUUAAUACAUAUAUCAGUGUGCCGAAGGAAAUGAGCAUGCUUAAUUGCGCGGCUUUCGUCGCGGGUAUUAUUGAGGGCGUUUGCGAUGGGUGUGGCUUCGAGGCUAAGGUCACCGCUCAUAAUCAGCCCACGGAGAUGUGGCCUGGGAGGACGAUAUUCUUGUUGCGCUUUGGGGAGAGCGUUAUGGAGAGGGAGAAGGUUUUGGAGAGGGCUGGCGUUAAAUAA